AACAUGAGCUCGCGCAACUCUUGCUGGAUUAUGUUAUAUCUAUAAAUGAUAUAUAUAUAUUUUUUGAAAAUGUAAAUUAACUGAUCAACUUAUACCCACUAUAAAUACAUUUGACGUAUGCGGUGAUUAUAUAUCGACGAUCCAUAGGUCUGUUUUUUGAAAAUAUAAAACGAAAGUAGCCACCUGGAAGUGAAAUAACAUUUCGACAGUCGGACCUAAUGAUUUAGAAGACAUGGAAUAUGACGAGAAGAAAGUAAGACCGGCUUCGACGAGAGCGUUGUUAAGGCAACAUGUGGAGGAACAGAGUGACCUUUGUGACCUUGUUGUCAAACAUGGACUCUGGUACAAGCGGUACCACGCCUGUGUCCUGUGUGCUAGUCCAUUUGUCCAGGCUAUGAUUAGAAACAACUUUGAUGAAAAGACCAACGGGUUUUUGGAGCUGAAUCUUGGGUCGCCUGAAUCCAUCGAUAUGGCGAUUAUGUUCUUGUAUGGGAAGUGUCCCGAGUUUACUAUGGAAAAUGUAUCCGCCGUUAUCAAUCUGGCCGAGUUUCUGUUGAUUCCAAAUCUGAAAGCGUUAUGCAUAAAAUGGAUAAAAGAGAUCGAUGUUAGUGAAGACAACGUAGAGAAAUUGCUCCAUCUCACAAGCCUUUUUGAUUUUGAAAUGCCCACUUUGACUGAAUACAUAAGGCAGCAUUUGACUGAAUUGUUUGAAGGCAAUCAGUUAUUGACAAUCACGGCUGAUACACUUGUAACUAUAUUGUCGGAUGAAACCCUGUCGUUUCUCACGGCGGAUGUAACGUUUGGGUUCCUUAUGAGGUGGGUAGAACUCUUGCCCGAAAAGAGAAAAUCAAAACUCAGUGACCCACUGUCGUGCAUAGAACUGAUAAAAGUAAAUGCUUCACUGAUAGAAAAGGCAAAAGAGGACCAAAACUUUAAAGGAUUCAGAGGCCUAUUUGAAACCGUUGCUGGCAGUGAACAUACAGAAGCAAUGCAAAAUGUAUUGAUCACUCACAAACAAUUUGAUUAUGAAGAAUUCUGGCUGUUUGAUCUUGAAAGGGAAAAAUGGUUCAGAAUAGAAGCAAGUAUUGACACACAAUUCGACAAAGUUUUUCCGUCAACAAUCAAUGAAUCAACUCUUUGUCUCGUGGAAUCCUCAUAUAACAAAUGUACAAUACGUCUUCAUGAUUUUACGGCCGACCAGCACUCAUGCACUUCCCUCAUUUUAACUUCAUGUCAUGAUCAAAAUUCACAGUUAUUCGGUGAUAUCUUUAUAUCUAUGAAACAUUGUUAUGUUGUGUCUGUUCAAUAUGUGAAAUUUACGAGGUGCAAAGAUGAACAAGUCCGCUUGAAAAACGCGAAUGAGCAACAUUUGCAUCUGAUGUCAAUGUUGGGUGGCCCUAUUACGCUGAUGGAUUGUCUCGGUAUGGCAAACGGCGAACAUACAUACUCAGUACAGAAACCUACCCUCUUUUCCGGAGCACUCAGCGAACAUGGUGAGCAAACAAUAUUGACACCACUGUUUUCGUUGAAUGUAAAUUUUGGAGUGAAAGUUGUGGUAAAUGAUGUUAAAUUAAUAGCACUUUUUUCCGAAGAUGAUAACUUCUUUUGCAUUUACGACGAAAUUUCCUGUAUGAUGAAAAAGAUGGAGCUUGAAAUAAAUUAUACUUAUGAGGUUAGUCCUUUCAAGGACGGAUUCGCUAUAUACAGUAACAAGAGGAUACUUUAUAUAGCAUCAAAUAAAGGUCCUCUCAUUGAAAGGACAUUUACAGUUCAUGAGACAGUUCUCUGUGACGACGGUUACCGUUCGAUUGACAACCUUGCAAUAACUGGAAACAGGUGGCUUCGUUUUAGAAGUGUUUAUGGACAACAGAGCGAGGUGCAUUUGGAUUACACUUUUGAUGAGUUAGGAAGGAAAAAUCCAAACGAUGCUGAAUGGAAACAAAUCCCCCUUCCGAAUGAUUCCAUAGAUCAUUCUAUGGUUAGCGGAAUGCGAGAAAUAGCAAUUCCCCACUCGAAAUUGAAAUGCCACGUGGAGUGUCCGCACUGUGUCCGCAUCAAAGAGGAAAGACGCAGCACAAGACGCAAUGCUGAUAAAAGCAGAAGCCGGGAUUGGAGCACUGAUGAUGACGAUUCUGAUGAUGACGUUGACGUUGGAGGUUAUUCCAGCAGCUAUUUUUAUGACAGUUAUGAUUGCUAUUAUUAUGACGGUUCAGAUUAAAUGUGCAGAGCACUACAGCAUGAAAGUAAUGUUUAGAAUUAUAGGAACACAUAUGAAACACUGGGGUUAUAAUGAUAAUGGCUGUUUUAUGGAUGCUAUAACAAGUAGUGUUAUAUAAAGUUGCAACGUUUCAGAGCUAAGACACAAAGGUUUGAAGAAAACAUUCAUGAUUGUAACUCAAGUCGUUGUUACAGAUUGAAAUAUAAAUGAUUAAGUAGAUCUCCGUUUAAUGUUUAGAAGUUGUGUUUUGCAAUCAGACCAAAGAAUUCAAGAAUUCCCAAUGUAUUACGUUAUGAAAUAUAUUUGUUAUAACUAGAUUAGUCUACUUCAAAAAAAUAAACAAUUCGAUAAUGGUCUUGGACAUUUAUAGGAUUUAUGUAGGAUUAAACAAACAACUGUGCUAUCGAUGAACCUAACCGUAGGUUAAUUACUACUUUUGAAGACUGUUACAGUUUAUUAUGGUUACAUUGUGUAUCACUCAGCACAUCAUCUGAUAUGAUGUAUAACGAAUAUACGUGCUGUUGACAAUAGUUAUAUGACCGAGCCCUGUUUAGUGUACACAUACACAAACAGUAAAAGAAUGAAAAGUAACAAUAAUAUUAUGAUUGUAAAUACAUAUUACAUUAAAA